GAGGGAAGUGUUCCGUUUUAUACACUUCAGUCUGGCAGAGCAACGGGACAUCACCAGUUACUGAAACCUACAGCUUAUAGUUACUAAAGACUUUGGGGAAACCAACUCUACAUCUCCUAUUAAUUAUUUCUAUCUGUAAACAUUGUGGUUGAAAGUGUGUAUUUUGAACGGGAAAGUAUAGCAAAACAGCGAAAUACUAUAGAAAGCCGCAACAGGUAUUAUAACGGAAUUAGUUCGAACCUGUGUCAUAUUCGCAUUUUUUUGUCUACAUGAAAAACAUAUAAUUUAUCAAAUCCUAGCGAAUGAAACCAUCAUGGAAGAGGAACUGGACCCUAUAUUUCAACUGAUUAUCGACAGGGAGGUAGAAAAGGGGCGUUUAAACUACACGACAAAUGACUUGUUGGCCAGCCCCUUGGAACAUUAUCCUGUACAGUCCAUACUAUUCAUACUGGCUCUCUCAGUGUCAUGUGUCGUCGGUAUAGUUGGAAAUAUUCUGGUGAUAGGGGCUGUGAUUGUGAGUAAACGGCUGAGAACAACAGGGAACAUGUUCAUCGUGAAUCUUGCUGUGGCAGACAUUAUUAUUGUCACCAUUGUGGAACCUUUCAACAUACUAGGUGUCAUUGAUGGGCCCUACUUCUUCGUUCGGAACGUCUGGUGGUGCCACACCCUGUCUGUCGUUUGUGUCAUGUCAUGUUCGUCAUCCAUGAUGAAUCUUGCCGCCAUUGCCGUGAACAGGUACAUCAUGAUCAACAAGAACCACUAUUACAACCAGAUUUUCACCAAAGGCAAGACUUUUCUUCUCUGUGUUCUUGUCUGGUUCGUGGCGUUUCUCAUUGAACUGCCCAACUUGGCUGGAUGGGGAGGACACACAUUCGACCUUAAAACACUGGGAUGUUCCUUCGACCGACUUAUCUCCCUUUCCUACACAAUAUUCCUAAGCGUGAUGGCGCUUUGGCUGCCUCUAAUGGUGAUCAUGUUCUGCUACUUAAAAAUUUACUUUUACGUCAAGAAAUCAAGAUUACAGAUGGAGAAACAGAUGAAAAUACAGACGAAAAAGGAAAAGAAGAAAACUAAAAGGCAACGAGAUAACGUCAACUUAGCUAGGACAUUUUUCAUCGUUUUUCUCACUUUCCUCAUCUGCUGGACACCUUACGACUUGACAUUAUUUUUCGACAGGGAUGAUCGCUGGCCAUCUUGGCUAUAUACCGUUUUUCUUCAGAUUGGUCAUUUUAAUAGCUCGCUGAACAGCAUUCUUUACGGCGCCACCAACAGAAACUUCCGUGAAGGCUACAAACAAUUCCUGAAAAAGAUUUGUUGUAGUUGUAAGCUCGGCGUAGUGGUUAAGAUCAGCGGUGAUAAGAACUCGAUGACUGACUCCAGUUCAGGAUAUUCCAGUACAACUGAUAACACGCAUCACAAAGUACAUCCUGCAUCACACUACGUCUGAAUGUCUAUCUCAAUGAAUUACGGAUAUACAUUGUAACUGGUCUUAUCUACAUAAUAUUUGUAAUACAUUUUAUAUAUAUAUAUAUAUAUAUUUGAACCGAGUAAAUUUGAAAAAUAUGGAGAUAUCUGACCCAAAAAAAAAUAGAUUUAUUUUUUCUUUAUUUAUUUAUUUUCGUUUGUUAUAUAUUUGCAUCUGGUCAGUUUGAAAAAUACAAUGAUAUCUGAUAAAAAAUGAUUUUUUUUUCAAUUUUAAUUUGUUAUACAAAUGUAUAUUUGAAUCUAGUCAGUUAUACGGUGAUGUCUGACAACAAUAUAAACAUAUUUCUUUUAUUUCUUUUCAUUUGUUUCAUAUGUUAUAUGUAUGGUGAUAUCUGACAUUAGUCAUUAUUCAUUAAUGAAAUUGUUUUCAAAUUUAUGUUCAUGUAAAGAGUUGCUUGAUACCUGUAUGUGAUAUACCUGUACACUGUAUAUAUUAAUAACUAAAUAUUAUUUUAUACUUUGA